AUGCCUGAGGGAACAUUGCUAGUAGAAUUGGAAAAGGCGAAAACGCACCUUAUAUACUUAAUUGAGAUUUCAAUAAUUGCCCAUGUUUAUUAUGCUUAUUACUUCACUAAUAAAAUAAUUGCGGCCGUGAAAAAAAAAUUAGCCCGCAAAGUUUUUUCGCUACAAAAGUUUUCGGACCCUAAACAAGCCACGGCACUUUUAACUCACAACGCCCGUAGUUUUUCUUACUUGGUAAUUUUUGCUCCUAAUCAGUUAUAUUAUGCUCUUUUAGGAACUACUCUUACUUUUUGGAUGUUAAAAGAUAUUGGCGGCAUGAUUUUAUGGUUAGCCAAGGAAACCAAAAAAGAUAACUUUCUGAUUGAUAAACGUGACUUAAUUAUUAAAAAAAACUUAGUUUCUUCCUCGUUAAAUUCUUAUAAUCGUUUGCUGGAUAAUUCCCGAAGUUUCGCAAAUAAACGUGAUUUAACUUUUACUCUGUCGUGGGUAAUUCCCUCUUAUUCUUUAGGACAAGUUGGAGGCUUUAUUUUCUUACCUUUUGCCAGUGAAUAUCUUGCUGCUUAUCAACGAAUAGCCAAACUUUCUGAGUCAACUAAAAAAAUGGCUGAGCGAUUAAAAGAAUAUCCAGUAGGGCUUGCCGCACAAAAGUGCAUUAACAAUUUCCUGCAACAACCAGAAAGAGAUGACCGGCAAAAAAAUGUCCUAAUUAGCGAACCCAUUACUAAUAUUAGUUUACAAAAAGUUUCUUUUGCUUAUGAAAAAAAUAAAUUAAUACUAGGUAAGUUCGAUUACGAAUUUAAGAAAGGAAAAAUUAAUCACUUAACUGGUGCUAAUGGCUUUGGUAAAAGCACCGUAGUUAGCCUAAUCAUGGGUUUAUAUCAACCACAAAAAGGAGAAAUUAUCAUUAAUAAUGAAUAUAAAUUAACUGACCUCAAUAGCCUUUUUGCUAACAGUGAAAAUAAGGAAAUAUUUAUUUUUGAUGAAGCCGAUAAUGCUUUGGAUGAAAAUAAUAAAAAAGAGUUUCGUCACAAAAUAGAUAAAAUUAAAAUUGGUGUUCUUCCGAGUGAACGGGAAAAAAUAAUGGAAGAGAUUCAAAAUCUUAAUAAUUACAAUAAAACUAUUGAAAAAGGUUUCAAGGACGGAAAAAUUGAUGCGGAAGUGAUGGUUAAGUUGCGGAAAGAGUUGAAUGAAUGA